UGGAUUUUCGAUCGAACAGAUGAUCGCUCCCAAACGCGCAUUAGUUUCGUCUUUUCUGUUCGGAACGUCGAGGGUUAUCGCAUGUCAGUUAUUUGUUUUAUCUAACUCCUUCCUUUUGAAAUGAAACUCUAAGCACCAUCAGUUGCUGGAAUUCGAGUAAAAUAAUCAGAAAUUCGCUAAUCCAAGCUCAAACUGCCGUCCAUGUUUAAAACAAUAGUCAUACUUUGCUGUGUGGUCUUGAAAACACUUAAACUUGUACUGUAAACAAACAGUGAGAAACCAGUCCGAAGACAAUCAAUCCAAGCUUGGGUGGUCCAAGGCGUUCCCAGACCCAUAUCCGCUUUGAAGUUGGCUGAGAAUACCACAGAGAGCAUUGGCGUUACGUUGACUGCCAACACAGGCUUUAUAAGCGGUUUGCCCAUCGCUUAUCGGCCACAAUUCAACAUGUAUAGUACGUUCGCCACAAUGAGAUUUUCUCCGUACACACAGCUCUCUCUACCAACGCAGAGAUUUCGACAACAAGGGAUCGAAGGCCUGUGUUCUUGUUGCUAUUACAAUUCAAGUUGCUGCUACUCGAGUUAUGGUUCAGGAUUUGGGUUUUAUGGCUGCGCAGAAAUGCUCCCCAAACCACCAUACUCUUACGUUGCUCUCAUAUCCAUGGCUAUAAAGAGCUCGCCCGAGAAAAAAGUUACACUAAGCGGGAUUUAUCAAUUUAUUAUGAUGAACUUUCCUUACUAUCAGCAGAGCAGAAGAGGUUGGCAAAAUAGUAUUAGGCACAAUCUUUCGCUGAACAAGUGCUUUGUGAAAGUUCCCCGCGACAAAUCGGACCCUGGAAAAGGCUGCUACUGGACUCUGGAUUCGUCAUUUGAGGAGAUGUUUGAAGAGGGGCGAUUUUGGAGGCGAAAACGAAGGCCGAAACAAAUAAUAAAUGCUAGACAGCCAGAAGAAGAGACUUGCCCCAUUUCUCUUGGAGAAGAUAACGUCGGAGAGACAGAAGAGCAAAACGAGAAAACCAGCAGCGAAAGUUCGUGUAACGAUCGCGACAGGGAAGACAAGAAAUUAGAGACUUCUGACAACGAACUUUGUGGUGAAAGUUCGUUCGAACAACCCCGUUGUUUUUCACAGCUGCAAAACCAAAGACACUCGGCCUUCCCUGACAAACAAACUAUGGCUAAGGGUGCAAAAUACGACGGCUCUUCAACUUGUGGUUUGAAGUUUAGUAUCGAGAGUCUCCUCAGUGAUCGAUGACUGUCAUGUUAGCUUGAAAAAGUAGAACUGUGGAGUUCCCUCUGAGAGACAAUGAACAGCUAAGGUACAAUUGGAAAUGUUCAAAUAAUACAUUUCUUUUAGAGGCCUAAAAUUUGAGAUUGAAAGUAUAACUUUUAAGACACUGAUGUCAAGGAAAUCGAUUUUCUCCAACGAGCACUUGCCAUUUAAACUGAUCUCGAUCAGAAAAAGCGUCAUCUACCAAAAAUUGAAUUAUCGAAAUUAAACCCAUUAUUUAGAUUUUUAAGCCGAGUCGCAGUUGGGCAAUUCAUGUCAAUCAAAUCAAAUUUAUUGAAGUUUUCGCUUCUGUACUGAUUGCCAAGCCAACAUUAUAUUUCAAAACAGAAAUCAGAGAUAAAUUGUCUCUUAUUCGUCGUCUCUGGUUUAUAUUUAAUGUGUAGGAGUAGUGGCAGUCAAAGAGAUUUCGGUUUUGUAUGCGGCCAACUGGUUGUCAUCAAGGCACUAGUGUUUUUAAGAGCCUUAGUGCAAUGGGAUGUUAUUCACCUGAUAAUUAGCUUCCACAACACGGUGCUCACUCCAGUCAAGUUGACAAAAUAUUUUAUGAUCAAAUGGUUGUUCACGAGUUAUCUAUAAUGGGUUGCCAAAAGAAAAAGUAAACAAAACAGCGAACAACUUAAAAGGUCUUAAAACCAAGAGAGAACCAGAUUGAAAACAUAUUUGUAGCAAGAUGUCUACAUGUCGAUGCAUAAGCAAAUUGCGACAUAACAAAACCAAAAAUUCAAACACACACUGGAGACAUUUUCAAAACACACUCGUUAUUUACGUUACAAGGUACUGUAAAAUGAUAAACAAGAGAAAUAAAAAUAUA